UCACCACAACGAUUUUCUCUCUCUCUCUCUCACGAUUUUAAAAGUUAAACAAAACCAUUGUCUUCUCAAUCUUCCUUCUCCAAAAAUGGCAGAAACAACAACAGUAUCAUCGCCAUUGAAGCGCCAAAGAGAUGAGCAAGAACAGGAAAUCAUCAAAACACAAGAAGAAACAAAAAGACAAAAGCCUUCUUCAUCUUCUUCCUCGUACAACCAAGUUCGAACUCUCCUAGAUGAUAUAGAAGUAGUAGAAGAUGAAGCCGACAAUGACAUAACUUCCCUAAUCACCACUCUUCAGCAAGAAAUCUCUAAUGAAGAACAAAACGCUGCCGUUUUCGAAGAGAACCCUUCUCUGUCUUCUUCUUGCUCCUCCUCUUCGUCGUCUUCAUGCACUUUUAAAGAAGAUGAGUACGAAGAAGACAAAGAGAAGGUGAUGAAGCAUCUUCUUGAAGCUUCUGAUGACGAACUUGGGAUCCCUAACACUGAAAUUGGCGAGAGUAAUUAUGAGAUGAUUAAGAGUGAGACUAAUCAGGAUUACGUUAAUGGGUUUAGUUUAUUAGAUGGGUUUGGUGUUGGGCUUUGGGAGCUUGAGGAUGAAGCAGCUAAUUAUUACACGUUGCUGCAAUCAGAACUGUUCAUGUAGGGGAGGGUAAAAUAGGAAAACGAGAAAAAGAGGAUUAGUAAAAAGGGAAAGUAAAA